AUGAUAGUGGGUCAGACCUCUGGAGGAUGUUUCCAAAAUCUUCUUGAGCAGAUGGAGAACAUUACAGCGCAAGGGCAAGUGCUUUCUGCAGUAACCAACUUUUUGACUAUGGCCUUCAAUGCUUCAGAGAAGAUUUUAGAGACAUCAUCAUCAUCAGCCAACCAAACUGAACUAGCCUCCUAUGGAAACCUCAUGUUAAAAACCAGUGAGAAACUCAUAUCUACAUUGGUGCAGCCGACAGACACAAGUGACAAUGUCAGUUUUACUCUUGCUGCUGUAGAGGGACAAGUCUUCAUGGUUGGACCAAAUGUCACCUUAGAUAAAAUACCUCAACUUGACACAACAAAUUCUUCUGUGGAGAUCGAUCUCAUUGGGAUCGCCAGGAACAACAAUGAAAAAUCUGCUUCUGUGGCGUUCUUGAGCUACAACAAAUUGGAGAAUCUACUGAAGCCCGACUUCUUCAACACACCAAAUAACAAAACGAUGAUGUCCACUGUGAUCUUAGUAACUCUUCCCAAAACCACCAAAACUGAACUCACCAAACCAGUCAACUUCACCCUCAAACACAUCAGAGAGCUCGACCCCAAUGGUUCUCUGUCCUGUGUGUACUGGAAUGCCAGUGAAUGGGUUGUAGAUGGUUGUUCUGUUUUAAAGACCAACAGCAGUUUCACAGUGUGUUCCUGUGUUCAUCUGUCGACAUUCGCUCUCAUCAUGCAAUCCCCAUUAAACCCGCCCUCAUCACCAAAAAGAGAACAAAGCGACUCACUGCUGGAGCGGUUGAAUUUGGUGUGUGUGAUUGUUGGGCUGGUGUUCUUCGGUUUGGCCCUGUUGACCUUUGCCCUAUGUCAGUGGAGUCCUGGAGUGAAUAAUGUGGCUCGAGUCAACAUCUGCAUAACUCUACUGUUGGCUCACCUUCUGUUCCUGCUCACACAACAGUUCCUGAGCCUCAUACACCCUCAGCAGGUGCUGUGUGAUGUGAUAUCAGGUGUUCUGCACUUCCUCUUUCUCUCUGGCUUUGUGUGGAUGUUCAUUGAAGCUGUGCUGCUCUUCAUCUGCGUGACGAACCUAUCACGGAUCAGCUCCAAAAAGAGGGAGGUGCUUAGCAAUGGAUUCCUGUGUGUGAUUGGAUAUACGGUUGCUCUGGUUGUGGUGAGCGUGUCUGUCGGGCUGGUUCCGAAAGGCUACGGCAGCGAACACUGUUGGAUUGAAAUGGAUAAAGGUUUUAUCUGGAGUUUUCUGGGUCCAGUUGGUGUCAUACUAUCAAUGAACAUGAUUCUCUUCAUCAGCAUCAUCAUCAGACUGAACUCAACUCUCAAAAAUCUGAACGCAGAAAUUUCACAGAUGAAACAAACCAAGAUUAUGGCAUUUAAAACACUGGCUCAGUUUGUGGUUCUUGGUUGCUCCUGGAUUCUGGGUUUCUUCGUUAAUGGCAGUGAAGAGCUGGAGAUCCUCUUCCUGAUCUUAAACUCCCAGCAGGGAACCUUCAUCUUCCUGAUCUAUUGUGUCCUGAAUAAUGAGGUCAGGCAGCAGUACAGAAAGUGCUUCGGACGUCUUUGCUGUGGACUCACACAACACUGAGGACUACAGCAUCAUGUUCAGGAGAUAAAAAGCCUAUUUUUACAGAUUCCGCAAAAUAAACAACUAUCAUUAUUUGCAGCUAAAUAUAAUAAAUAAAUAUAAGGCAAAAAGUAU